ACCAAGCAGAAAGCAAGGUAACUUCUAAAUAAUGAAGCAUCUUCGUUAAAAGCAGGGGGUUAAUUUUUUGGCAUUACUCUGGACUCAUCUACAGUCUGGUAUGAAAUAACUAUCAUCUAAUUGUUUUCUGGAAUAGAUUUUGAAUUUUUUUUUCUCUUAAUCACUCCUGGACUAGGUGUUUCUGGAGUUCUAGUUUUCUACAUGAUCUCUCUCUCUCUCUGACCCACUGGAUUUGAGAGCAGGGCAAUAAAUUCUAUUAAAGGGCUAAUGCGAUGGAAGGGGGUAACACUGUUGUAUUAACAUUUACUCUUUCACUUAUACCCACUACAUUUUGACGUCAUUAGUGUUUGUUCAUUAAAUUUUGAAGCUUGCAUGACCAUUGUAGGCUUUACUUUUACCAUGAUCUAGAUAUUUACCCCCUUCCAAUGCUACCGACUGUCAUGCUGAUGAUGAGAACAGGGUAUAUUUUGAGGCAGGAAAUCUAUGCUAAUAAGUAAUAACAAGUGGAAGAUUGCAAGUGUAUCAUCAUGAUUCAUGUAAUUUACUAUACCAACCAAGAUGUUGGGAGAACAUAUAUGUACUUCAAUAUUUCAUGUGAUGCAUGUUGAUUUUCAACAUUCAAGUGAUAUAAGAGUCUUAGAUAUGCUGCAUAGGUUAGCCAGAGAAGCUGAUCUUGAGUAUGUGGGGAUUCAAAACUUAACUGAAUUUUAUGAUGAUGACAGGGACAUCAAGCUUCUGUUUGAUUUUUAUCAUUUUCCUGCUAAAACAUUUUAGAGUCUAGCAUUGGCUUUUAAUUAAAAAAGAAACUCUUUGUUCCACAUUUAUUGUGAAUGAUUCUUCAUUUUCUUGAUUUUUCUGUUGCUCAAGAACACAAUUUUCAGGCAUGAUCGUGAACGCUGGUCAUACCAUGUGCUAGGUAGUUCAUCUGUUACAUUUCUUAGCAUCUGACCAUUGUGGUUGGUUCUGCAUUUUAUACCUAGUUUCUCAUUCAUUUAAUUCAAUUAAUCCAUUUGCUUCUGCUGGUCUUUAUUCCAAACUUAUAAUUCAAAAACCUGAUCCUGAUGCAGUCCCACAUCUCACCACCCCACUGUUACAAUACAGUCACGAUGAGGCAUGUAUUUCUGGUUUAAUCAGGCCAACAUGGUGUUUUAUAUUUGAAAAGGCUGUAAUUAUCACUCUCAUAGUUGGAUGCGAGAAUUCCUUGCAAUCUUAUCAGAAGUUAUGAUCCUCUUGUGUGUUUUGUCACUAAUCAUUAACUUUUGAGAUUUAUUACUAUUGAGUUUUCCCCCCUCCAUUUUUUUUUCUUCAUUAAUGUGGCAGAGAGAGUGGCAAAGUACGGGUUGGAGAGAUGAUGGAAACAGAAUUACAGAUCCAACAGCACCUCUACCUCCCCUCGGACCAGGCAAUAGAAGUGGACCAGAACGGAAUUUUGGGUCCUGGUCCUGAAGAUUUACGUUUCUCCGAGGCACUUUGAUAUGAUGAUGAAAUGGAAUAAAGAUGUGAACUAAUA